AGUGUAAUAAAGCCUUUUUGUAUUUUUUAUUUCCAGAUGAAAGAGUACCUGCGGCCCAAAUAAAAGAAACAGAAACAGGUCCUAUAGUUGCCGAAUACGAUUGGUCAAUCUCUAACGUCCGACAUCUUCUUCAGUUAUCAAGAUCACCUCAUGGAGACACUAUUCCAGGACCUGAGUUCUAUACUGGUCGUCCCGGAUAUAAAGUCAGGCUGAGCCUGACAGCUGGGCGUAUAAAUCCCGUCGACAAUUUGCCAUAUCUUGGAGUUUGGUUUUCUCUUGUACCUGGUCUUUUCGAUGAUGUCAUCGAAUGGCCCUUUCAGUAUACUCUCAAUCUAACACUAGUGGCUCGCACAGAUCCAUCUCAAUCUGUUCAUUUAACCAUGAAUCCGAUGACCGCAAUAUGUCGUCUGAGGAAACAGUUCCUACGUCCAAGAUCUGAAGGACGUCGCAAAGGAGAUGGUUGUGGAAAGGCGUUCUUUGUUUCACAUGCUCGUUUGUUGGAAGAUGAAAAUGGACUUCCAAGCCCAUUUUUAAUGAACGACGAACUGCUACUGAGAGCCACUGUAUUCCUCCAAGGAAGAGGCUCGACACCAAAGAGAGCCAAAGUGUUCAUGCGUGGACAUCAGCUAGUUUCCGAAUUUAUUUGGGAAGUGGAAGAUGUGGACGGAAAACGACACUUAGGACAAGUUGCAAGUGAUUUAUUCUACGUCAACAGUGAGAGCUACUUGAUGGUACUUCAGAUUUCUUUCAUAGGUGAUGAUAUUGGAGUUUUUGCCACUUUAGUCCCAGGUGAUUACGACGAUUCUUUGCACUGGCCAUUCGCCUAUCAUUUUGAAUUGGCUAUCAUGGAUCCAUCGCCUUUGAACCAUGACAGGAAAGGAAGUAUCGAUCCGACAUCUGGAACAUGUCCUUUGGCCGCAUUUACUAAGCCGCGUUAUCAGCCUAACGUACCUUGUGGUUUCAGGAAACUCAUUACUUUUCCUAUGCUAGAAUCGAAAAAUCUCAAACGCAAUGGAAGCUUGUUAGUCAGAUUCUCUGCAAUUCUCGAUCAAAUGCCCCAUUUUGCAAAACUAUCUGUUAGAGACAAUUUCCUAGUGUCUGAAUACAAGUGGAGAGUACCUAAUAUUGAAAGAAAGAUGCAGUUGGCCAAAUCAGAUCGUCUCAGCAACUUACUAAGUGAAAGGUUCUACUCUUCUGACCAAGGAUAUUUGAUGCAGCUACAAAUAAAAUUCCAAAAUAAAACUGAUGGGCACGUAGGAUUAUUUCUGACCCUUCUGGAAGGGGAAUAUGAUCCUUUGCUAGAAUGGCCAUUUUCCAAAAAAUUCAUUCUUCUUGUAGUCGAUCAACAGGAAGGUGGGAAAGAUUUAGAAGUUCCUGUUGAUCCGUCGGAUCCCUACAUACGUUCUGAAGCAUGUGCUGGAUCGUUCUGGCGCCCAUUUGGACGUAACGACGCUUGUGGGUCAUCCAGUGCCAUUCGUUAUGACAAUCUGUAUGACAGGAAGUUCAUUCGGUAUGGUGCCGUACAACUGAAGGUGAUUAUCUAUCUGGAUGAGAUAAGGCCACCUCGAUUUGCUACCUUGACAAUCCUGGAGCAUUUUUUAGUCUCUCGCUUUGAAUGGCUAGUACCUGAUUUAGAAGAAAAAAUUCAGCAGAGCCGAGAAGGACGUCUCCCUUUCCUUGAUAGCGAAAAAUUCUAUUUGUCCAAUAAUGGAUAUCGGAUGAUGCUUCGGCUCUAUCCUGAGAAAACACCAGGAUUUGUUGGACUCUACGCAGUACUGACACGAGGAGUAUACGAUGAUGAACUAAGGUGGCCGUUUAGCCAUACUUAUCGCCUGGAAGUAGUUGCACCUCAUGGGACUAUUUCUAGAACUACCCAUCCCGGUACGCCGGGAAGCGGGUGUCCUGACAUUGCAUUUCAGAAACCAGACAGAGAAUUGGCUGAAUGGAGUUGCGGAGAAGGCCAUAUGGUGGCCCAUGAUACACUGCUUCGAGGACCACGCCCUUAUGCCGAGGAAGGUGGCACUGUCAGAAUAGCUGUUACUGUUUUCCUUCAAGAACUUACACCACCAGUAGCUUCUUUAGGAUUUGAGAGAGGAUCUUUAUUUGCACGAUAUUCAUGGGUAAUCAAAGAUGCAACUGCAGCAUUUGGCUUACUGCAGACUCGGGAGAAGAGUCGAUUAGAAAGCCCUGUUUUCUAUAGUGAAAACCAAGGUUACGCCAUGCGUCUUGCGUUGUCUCUCGCGCGGUUGCCCAAUUACAGAAACUCUGUUGUGGCAGCUAAAGAAGAUACUCCAGUUGUGGGAUUGUACUGGACACUUCAGCCUGGUUUACAUGAUGAUGCCCUGCGGUGGCCCUAUCAAGCUCCUAUUACAUUAAGUGUGAUCGACAGCCGUGGUGAAAGACAUCUUGAAAAACUUAUUGAUCCUGCGCACAGUAAAUGUCCUCCAGAAGCUUUCGAAAGGCCUCCAGGAACCCAUUCUUGUGGUUUCGCCGCUUUGGUGACGGUGGAUACUCUUUUGUCGUCCUAUAUCCACAAUAACAUUCUUCAUAUAAAAGCUUCAAUUUUGCUUAAUUGAUCUCUAAACUUUUUAUUGCAUUUGACCGAAUGUUUGCUCAUUAAAUGUACAAAACGUUUGGCGCAAUUUAUUUAAUGUAAGUACAACACUGAAUUUAUGAAAAAAGGCUAGUAAGCGGAUUACAAGAAAUAUAGUCAUCAUCUGGUCAGUAUAUACCUCUGAGGCUGGUAGUUUCUUUGAGAAGACAUCUGCCAAGCAUUGCUAAGUCAGUAUGUGUUAAUAAUAAAAAGAUAAAAUACAUGUAUUGUCCAAACAUGUGGCGUUAUAUUUUCUAUAUUUUAUGGUUUUCUGUACUUGAUAUUGAUUGCUGAGUUGAUAAAACUUGAAUAAAUUGUGAUUUCUGAUCUGCAACUAUGAUGUGAAAAAUAAAA